AUGACCGCAGAAAUAAUCGUCAAAGUAACGAGGGACAAAUCACUAUCGGAACGAAGAAGCACCGGCAGACAGCUACCACAUAAUUUGAACCAGGCAGAAGAAGGAAGAAGAACGUAUACCGCGGAUAUGAAAACCUUCCUAGAAGAAUUCGCAUGGAAACACCUCCAAUGGACAUACGCCCACCCACAAGUGUUCUUCCUACCUCAGUGGCAAAAUGACACCACCAUCGACCUAUUCUAUCUGGUGUACCGGACACUAUAUUGGUGUUACUUCUGGAUGGUAACCUAUUUUUACAUUAGAAUUAGCUGGAAUAGUCCCGUGUGGAUUAAGUUGAACGCGUUCUAUUAUUACACGUUCUGGGUUUACACUGCUUGUAGUUUGUGGGCCACCCUGUCACUCGUAACAGUAACCGCGAAGUACAUCCAGCAAAUUAACUCCGAAGAAAUCAACGACGUCGAGCAUCGAAGGUGGUACCAAAUCCAAUUGCUUAUCAACUCCGCGUCCAUGGAUUCAGCUCUCGCCAUGGCCAUCGGAUACUGGACGCUAGUGUAUCUCUAUCAAAGGGUCGCCUAUGGGGUGGGUGCCUCGCUCUUACACUUAUGGACUCCGCUUUUGGCACUAGCCGAUUUCAUGAUAACUAGCAUGCCCGUCAAACUGCUACACGUGUAUCCGUCACUCAUAUUGGCAGUGGCUUACGGUGUUUUCUCUUUCUGCCAUUACUUGAGCGGAUCCAAGUCGAUAUUCGGGGAACCUUACCUAUACCAAAUUCUGGAUUAUCGAAAGCCCUUAACUGCAAUUUCGGGACUUGUGGCGAUUUUAGUUUAUAUCGUGCUCGGCAGAUUCGUCGUAUAUUGGCUCUAUCGUCUGAGGAAAACUAAGUGCGUGUCGGCCAAGAAACAGGUGGAAGGCAGCCCUGGAUUAAACAGUUCUUAG